AUGUCUUUGGCCGCAUUGAGAGAUGAUUUAGUACCAUUCUUAGCACCAUAUCUACCAAGUAAUGAUGUCUCAGCCAAAGAACGACCUUUCAUCACUUUAACGUAUGCUCAAUCAUUAGAUUCCAGAAUUUCGGCAGCACCAGGCGUAAGAACUGCAAUAUCACAUUCAGAGACUAAGACAAUGACACACUACCUUCGAUAUCAUCAUGACGGCAUCCUUAUUGGCUCAAGGACAGCUUUGGCAGAUGAUCCUGGUCUAAAUUGCAAAUUUAAUGAUGAAUUUGAAAAAUCUCCGAGACCAAUCAUCCUGGAUUUAUCACAAAAGUGGAGGUUUCAAGGCUCACAGAUGUAUACGUUGUAUAAGCAAGGACGAGGCAAACCACCGAUUGUGGUUGUUAGAGGUGCGCCCACACUCAGAGAAAAUGAUGUAGAUUACCUAAUUUUUAGUCAAAAUGAAAGAUACAUUGAUUUUGAAAUUUUAUUUAGUAGAUUAGAGGCUGAAUUUGGUUUACAUUCCGUUAUGGUAGAGGGAGGGGCUUUUGUAAUCAAUGAAUUGUUAGCAAGGGGUGAUUUGGUUGAUUCCCUUGUGAUAACUAUUGGCUCAGUUUUUUUGGGUAAAAACGGAGUCGAAGUUAGCCCAGCUAACUCGCUUGAAUUGAAGGAUAUUGACUGGUGGAACGGUACAAGAGACGCUAUAAUGUGUGCAAGAUUUUUAAAUCCAAAGAUAGUUUGA